AUGUCCUUGGAUAAGAGAGUUACAUUGAGAAGAAAAAAGACCUACGGAACAAGAUCCAACCUCAAGAAGAUGGUCAAGACACCAUCUGGAAGAUUGGUUGUCCAAUUCACCAAGAAGAAGGUCAACGCUCCAUCAGUUCCAAAGUACUUGGGUGGUGAGGCUGUUAGAGGUUUGAAGAGAUUGAGACCUUCCGAAAAUAAGAGAGCUGCUAUGUCUGACAGAACUGUUUCUAGAGCUUACGGAGGUGUUUUGAACCACAACCACCUUAAGGAAAGAAUUGUCCGUGCUUUCUUGAUGGAAGAGAAGAAGAUUGUCAAGCAAGUCAAGAAGAUCAAGGCUCAAAAGGACAAGCAAGCUGAAAGCAAGUAA